AUGGCAUGGGCGCCCCCGACGGCCAGUCCCGCGUGGCCCGGGCUCCCGCGCCCGCCGCCACCUCCUGGGGCCGCCGCGGCGCUCCCCGCCUGGCCGCCCGGCCGGGGCUGCGGGAGUCACGUGGCCGGCCUCCCCGCGGGGCGCCGGCCCCCGCCCCCGGCCCUCGCCCCACCCCCCCGCCCGCGCCCGCAGCCGCCGCCAAGUCCCGCCUCUCCGCCCCGCGGGGCGCGCCGGCCCCCCCUCCCCGUGCGUCCAGGUGACAGCCCAGGACCGAGGACCCCGGGCGGGCGCCUGGAACGAAAAGGAAGACGCGCGGCGGCACCUCCGGGUCGGGGGCAGAGGGCAGCCUCCUCUACCCCGCCAAGUGCGUCUGGGCCCCCUUUCCCCGCCGGGAGCGGCGCCUCUCCUCGCCCCCUUGUGCCGCCGCCCACCCCACCCCCGGUCGGCUCCGCUUCCCGAAGCUCCGGCCCAGAAUUCGGCCGCUGCGGUCGCGGCUGCCAUGGCAUCUAUCACCUCCAGCUUCACACAGCGCAGCGAGGCCGCCUCACUAACCCCAUUUUACCGAUGAGCAAACUGAGGCUCAGAGAGGUCAAGUGGCAGCUCGGCUUGGGUCCUGGUUUGACUUCAAAACCUACUGCCUUCCCCGAUACUCGGCCCCCCAACUCCGAGCCCCCACUAAGAGCACUUGCCAAGCUCCCAGCGCCCUUUGCUCUUCCUUUUCUGCUGUCCACACCUCCUCCUUCCAACCCCUCGUGGCUCCAGUGCAGGACCUCUCCCCUUGGGAAGCCCUUCCAGAAGCUGCGGUGGCUUCAGCAGGGGACGCAGUGCCAGAGGACCCCCUUAGCCCUCGAUGUGUCUGCGGUGCCUUCUGCAGGUGCAGGCCUGCCGAGGGGCCUGGGCUGCCAAAAAGGAAGCAAGGGCGACUCUGAGAGCAGGAAUGCCUUGCUCCAAGAUAACAAAACAGGAAAGCAGAGGAGGCAGGCCUCCACCGGUGCUGACUCCAUAACCAGGCCCGCGGGGCCCCCAGCCCAGCCGAGGCUGCCUCCCUCCACGUCCACUGCCCCGAGGCUGAGCGGCUGGCCCUCGGGCUCGCUCUUCCUUCAGCCACCACAGCUGUGA